UUACCAUUUUAAAUUACCAAAAGAUGUCCCAGAGCUUUGUCCAGCCUGCAGCAGCCAAACGCACGGAGAUCAGACUUCGAAAGCGCGAUCACAACACCAAGUCAACAAUGGCGUCAACCGAUAGAAUAGAUGUUGAGAUUAGAGGCUCUGAGAAAGAGAUGGAGCAUGGAAACCAGCUGAACAUGACGGACAGGGAUCCUACGAAUAUGAAUGACCACGUGCGGGUGUUCUUUCAAGACGUAUUUGCUGAGCCAGAAGGCACCCAUAGUAUAGACGGCGUAUGGCGAACAAGCUACAAGACCUUCGUGGCGACGAAAUACUGGUGCUACCGGAUAAUAACCGCUAUUUUCGGCAUUCCCACGGCCAUUCUGUGCGGCUGUUACUUUGCGUGCUUGAGCUUUGACUACAUCUGGUGCGUCAUGCCCUGUCUUAGAGGCUACCUAAUCGAGUUGCAGUGCUUGGGGAAGAUCUGGGGGCUCUGUAUCCGUACAUUCUGUGAUCCUCUCUUCGAAUCUUUUAGCAAGAUAUUUUCCGGAAUUCGUGUACAAAAUGUUUAGCAAAGAGGAGAAGAACGCAUGCCGUUCUCGCAUAUGGUUAUUUAUACUCUUUUUAGUAUCUCAUUAUCAAAUGAUUAAUUGGAAUUAAUAGUUUUUUUUUUUAUUAUUUAUCAUUGAUCAUACCAAAUCAAACUUUAAUGUAUCAUUCAUUUGUUUUUUUAACUUUUCAAUCUACUUUACAGAAACUCGACAUGUCACCCGUAUUUCUCGGAGAUGUCGUAAAAUUAUCAAAAUUUGCUUGGCUAUUAACUUUUGUGAAAAAUUAUUACAAUAAAAUUCGGGGCUUGUUCCCCGCCACCAGUCACUCUA